AGAACAAGCGAAUGAGAGGAGAGGCUCGCGAGCAGCGCCGUACGCCGUUCCUCCGGAUUGUACUUCAUCGGGAGUUUGCGGUUUGGCAGGUUUAUAUACAUCAAACGGAACAAAGAGAUAGGCUCUACAGUGGUAUAAAAGAAGAGAGGGAAAAGAAUAAAGCGAGGGAGAAAUCUCGGCGACUGAAUUACAAAAGAACCAAGGACACUCUGCUAAUGUUUUUCACAUCCAGAGGGGACAUAAACCGGGACUUUGUACAUUGUGGACAAUUUGCAAGGCUUUUUUUGUUUGUUUUUGGCGAGCACCUAAAGUUUGUAUGGGACGACGCGUAUUUUUUUUUUUCCCUGUAUGUUUGAAUUUUAACGCUCACGAUUCCGCGCCGGUGCAAAACUUUCUAAACGGACUGCACAUGGUUUUCAAAGGGCUUUUGAAAACCUGGAUUUUUAUGCGCCGGUAUCCGCGCUCGUGUAUAAUGCAGUAAAUACACGCGAGGAUUUCAUUCCGCUUUCGGCCACCCUUUUUUUUCAAGCUUUUCCGCGUUUUUUACGCGCGUCGAUGGUAGUGCCAAAAGCCUACUCAUACUUUUAAAGUUUGAAUAAUUCAUGAGAUACAAUUCGCCUGCUCGAAAGAAGCGACUGUAAAAAGGGGAGGGGGGGGGGUUAUCCACAAACAUCUUCAUACGGGUCGACGGAAUGGCCACCGCGGCUUCCAAUCCUUAUCUGCCCAGCAAUAGCAUCCUAUCGUCCGGCUCCAUCGUGCACUCUGACUCCGGAGGCGGUGGGAUGCAGCCGGGCAGCGCCGCGGUCACCUCGGGCUCCGGGGUGUACAGGGGGGACCCCUCGGUCAAGAUGGUGCAGAGUGACUUUAUGCAAGGCGCGAUGGCAGCGAGCAACGGGGGGCACAUGCUGAGCCAUGCCCACCAGUGGGUGACGUCCCUCCCGCACGCCGCAGCGGCCGCGGCAGCAGCCGCCGUGGCCGCGGCUGAAGCCGGGUCGCCGUGGUCGUCGAGUCCCGUCGGGAUGACGGGCAGCCCCCAGCAGCAGGACGUGAAAAACUCGGGCAGAGACGAUCUACACACGGGCACCGCUCUGCACCACAGGCCGCCUCACUUAGCCCCGCACCAGACUCACGCCGGGGGUUGGGGGAGCUCGGCUGCCGCGCACAUUAACUCCAUAUCCGGGGCGCAGCAGCAGCAGCAGCAGCAGCAGCAGCAGCAGUCGCUGAUCUACUCCCAGCCGGGGGGGUUCACCGUGAACGGGAUGCUGAGUCCGGGGAGCCAGAGCCUGGUGCACCCGGGCUUGGUGAGGGGGGACACCCCGGAUCUGGACCACGGCAGCCACCACCACCACCAUCACCACCAGCAUCAGCACCACCAGCACCACGGCGGCAUCAACAGCCACGACCCGCACUCGGACGACGACACGCCGACCUCGGACGACCUGGAGCAGUUCGCCAAGCAGUUCAAGCAGCGGAGGAUCAAGCUGGGCUUCACGCAGGCGGACGUCGGCCUGGCUUUGGGCACCCUGUACGGGAACGUUUUCUCUCAGACGACCAUUUGCAGAUUCGAGGCUCUGCAGCUCAGCUUCAAGAACAUGUGCAAGCUCAAGCCUUUGUUAAACAAGUGGCUCGAAGAGGCCGACUCCACCACCGGCAGCCCCACCAGCAUCGACAAGAUCGCGGCGCAGGGGAGGAAGCGAAAGAAGCGCACCUCCAUCGAAGUGAGCGUCAAGGGGGCUUUGGAGAGCCACUUCCUGAAAUGCCCCAAACCCUCGGCCCAGGAGAUCACCGGGCUGGCGGACAACUUGCAGCUGGAGAAGGAGGUGGUCAGAGUGUGGUUUUGCAAUAGGAGACAGAAGGAAAAACGGAUGACGCCCCCAGGAGUGGCUCAGACGCCGGAGGAUGUGUACUCUCAGGUCGGCAAUGGGCAUUUUUUAGUAGAUUACUUAAAAGAUGCAAGUGAAGCGAGCGACCAGAGGGUGACAACCACAAGUUCAUUCCACCAGAAACAAAGGAGCAGGCAUUUUGUAUAUUUAGAAAUGGGACUGAAGCGCCUUUCCCCUUCCUCUCCGAGCCUCACAAUAACAAGACGGGGAGAAGUGCACCACUAUGAACCCGAGUGACAUCCACGAAGCUUCCGUCCUGAUUCACAGCACUUGUUUGUUUAUUCGGAGGUGGACUGCAUGGUUGCACUUAUACACACACGCGCGCGCGCGGAGGAUUAGGGGAUAUUUUUUGUUGUUGUUUUUUUUUUUUUUUUUUUAUAUAUGUCACCUCGAGGGCCCUCCCGAGCCCAGAAAGAAAAGACACCGUGGACCAGGACUGUCCCCGCCUGAUCUCAAAGAUCACUUUCUUUUUUUU